AUGGACGAUUCGGAUCCAGAAUCUGUAUAUAAGAGCGCAGACGCUGCUGCUGCUUCCGCCGCCGCCGGUGCGCCAGCCAGUACCAACGCAAACGCCGAGGCAGGUGCAGACGACCACGACGACGCUGAUGCGCCAAGCAGCAGCGGCAGCGGCAGCAGCAGAGGUCAAAAGGCCACGCCCGCCGCACUCACCACAACCGGCGACAUGGAGCAUAUGUGGGAGCAGCUGGAGCUGGAAAAGUCGCGGUACCCCGGCGCGAGCACCUGGGCGCCCGACGAGGAGCGGCUGUUUGAGCUGCUCUUUUUCCGGCAGGACCUGCCCAUCCUGCCAUCGCACUGGGAGCUCGACAUGAGCGCCGUCCCUAUCUCCGAGGCCAAUUUUGCCGACGUCGAAAACGCGCCAGUCGUGUAUGCGCAUUCCACCGACUUUCGAGCCACCACGGCGCUCGUGCGUCUGAUUGAGCUCACCGCCGCCAUCCGCACCACCAGCGAGUCUGGGCUACACCACCGCGUGCCGGGCAUGAUCAAAGACGGGCUGGACCGGUUCCUGGCGUGGGCCGCCGAGGACGGCGGCUACAGCCACCUGCGCGUCGUACCCAACAUCAUCACCGAGAUCGUCGACACCAAGAUGCUCGAGGGCGAUAUCACCGCCCUCCUGCAGGCUCGCAUGCGCGCAUUAGCCCGACUACAGCGCGAGUUUCUCCGCGCGGACCGCGACCCCGGCUCCUUUUGGAGGGACGUUGCCGCGGCCGUCGCCGAGGGAGGUGACGACGAUGACAACAACGAUGAUGACGAUGACGACGGUGACGUCUUUGCGGACGGAAAAAGCCUGCUGCUGCAGAAUUACUUGUCGCCGCGGCGCGACAGGCACGCCAACAAGUACCGGCAACGAAACACGCCGGGCCGACGACGACAACAUCGUAGCAACGACAACUCGGCGGAGGAUGAGCUCGCGCGGGCGCCGCUCGCGCAGACAGCCGCCGACCAUUCGGACGCAGCGCCUAGGCGGCGCCGCCCGUUUGCCACGGUUCCCGCGAUGGAGCUCGACGAGCUGGCGCAGCCUGGCGAUUCCGUGACCGGCCUGCUCUCCUCGUCCGCCAGCGAGCGCGACGGGCUCUUCUCCUCUGCCUCCUCGACCACCAGCCUCGUCAGCAGCCCCAGUCCGGCCGCCAUUAUCCGGUACCGCCGGCCGCCGCCCGUUGUGUACGGCUUCUUCAUUCUCAACAGCUCCGUCUUCAUCCUCACCGCCGACGCGUCGCGGGGCGACAACGCGUACGUGAGCUUCCACGUCGAGACUGACUUUCUGGACCAGCGCCAGAGCGUGUGGAACGCGCUGACGCUGGCUAUUGUGACGUGCCUGGCGCGCGACGACAUGCGCCGGCGCACCGAAGACUUUGAGCCGCUGGCGGCGGAAGAGGACAGUGAUCCUGAUUUGUAA